AUGACAGUCAGCUCACUUUGCUUUGGAAAUAUAGACCGUACAGGGUUAACUUCCUACGAGGCGGGGUUUCCCCUCACAUAUAUAGAUCCCCAGACUCCUGUAGCUGAUGCAGAGAGUUUUGGACAGUAUCAAACCGACUUGUUAACCCCACAAGAGAAAUGUGUCCUCAAGCAAUAUAACACUAUGGAAAGUUUGACGAAACUGCAACGAGCGCGGGACCUGGAGGAGAAGCGACAAAAGCUAAAUUUGCAAUUAUCCAACCGCAAAACCAGAUCGUCUCUCUCUAACAUUGCAGAACGAUACCGACAGGAACGCAUACAGACAGCAAGAAAGUACGAAGGUUGUUUAUUACGUAGUCGUGCAUCCUCGCCGGGAGAGGCUGUUUCUGCCCCCGAAAGGCACCCUAUUUCUGAGUCUCAGCCAGAGCCGAUGUCAGAGUGCUCCUUUCGCUCCCCAGCGGCUGGCCCUAGUCCUACGCGGUGGCGGCACGUAGCCACUCUUAACAAGUCAUUAUAUUCGCAUGAAGAUUCAUCUGUAUCAUUGCAGAGCCCGUGCUAUUCUCCAAAGCUGUGCUCCUUACGUACCUAUCAUCACACAUCUCUUCAGCGUGCAAGAAUGAGGCAGAGCAGCGAAACAAAUGGCUCUCUGCUUCACACUCCCGUUGGCCAGCACUCCAAUGACUACAUUUAUGUGAUGAACCAUCUGGCGCCGGAUAUACACUACCAUAGUUGGCGAAGCAAGCACUCUCUGUCUGACGCUGACAACAUCGAAGGAUGUGCUCUACCGGCUCCUCUAUCCGACAAGAUUGCAAAUAAUAGUGCGCUGUCUCCGACCAUGCAUGUCACGCGGAAGCAGGCCAGAUGGAGCUCUCCACAGAAGACGCUACCGAGCACUUCAUCCGUUAGACUACCCCAGUUGGGUAGUAAGCAGCGAAAGCCAUCUUUCUGUCUUAGCCCGAUGCAUCCUGUUGCCCAGAACUUACCGGCAGACAGUGCAGACAUGUUGACAGUGAAGGCAAUUGACCAAGGUGACCUCAGGCUCGAAGAUCUGGCUCUACCCAGUUAA